UCCAGGGCUAGGACAAACCAAAGCCAGGAGUUUAGAACUCAAUUGAGAUCUUAAAAUACUGGAGGUAUAACCUGCUACAUUAGCUGGAAGCUGGAUCAGAAGUGGAGGCAGAAUUAGAACCAGGGAGUCUGAAAUGGGAAGCAGGUAGUGACUUAAUUGUUGAGUCAGUACCUUUUGCCAACAGGUGGUUUUGAUCCUGAGAGUCCCUUUGGUGCUGGUUAGUAGAUAGCAUCUCAGAGUAUAUUGAAAUAAAUAUAGGAUGUUUCAUGUGUAAGUGGCUUCUGCAAGCUAUGGUGCCUCUUGCCAGGCCAUGUUUCAUCCCUGUGGGUGCUCCUCUGCAGUGGCUCUGGGAGCAUGUGAGGUGAUGUUUUCCGGUCUGGCAUCUUCUGAUUGUCAGGGAGUGGGAGGAUGCUAGAACAGUCAUACCUCUUGUUAAUUCUUGACCGUUCUACAAACUAAGGUGUCAGGGAACCCAACUUCUGUUUUGGAGCAUUGGGGAAAAUAAUUUUAUAUAGCCUUCCCUAUCUGUUGGUGUGUUCAGAAUAAGUCAGUAUACUUCACUUUAAGAGUUAUUUGCAAGAAAAAGCACUCCCAUUCUCUGAUUUCACUCCCCUAAUGCCUGCAAGCUGGGAACUCAAUCUAGAUCCACAUAUGGAUUUCAGGGCCCCAACUAUGUGAGCCAUCACCACUGUCUCCAAGGGUCUGAGUUACUAGGAACCUGGACUCAGAAGCUGAAGCCAAGGAUUGAAUGCAGAUGCUCCAGUGUGGGAUGCAGGAGAGCUGUCCCCGUGGAAGCGACGAAGGGACUGGCUCUGAGAGUUGGAACGAACUGGAGCGUGUCACCCCUUCAUGCAGCAGUGGUCACUCGUGUCUCGUGGGCUUGCUGUGUUGCUCUGCACCGCUGCAGCUGCCGCAGCACCAUGACUGUGCUCAUCGUGCUCCUGUCCAUGCUGGUCGCAGGUGUCGUGGGGAAUGAGUUUAGUGUCUUAAGAUCACCAGAGUCUGUUGUUUUCCGCAACGGAGGCUGGCCGAUACCAGGAGAGCGAAUCCCAGAUGUGGCUGCACUGUCCAUGGGCUUCUCUGUAGAAGACGACCUUUCUUGGCCGGGACUGGCAGUGGGUAGCCUGUUCCACCGGCCUCAGGCUACUGUUAUAGUGACGGUGAAAGGAGUGAACAAACUUGCUCUGCCUCUGGACAGUGCUAUCUCAUACCCAUUGGAGAAUGCAGUACCUUUUAGUCUUGACAGUCUUGCAGAUUCCAUUCAUUCUUUGUUUUCAGAAGAAACUCCUAUAGUUUUGGAGUUGGCUCCCAGUGAAGAAAGAGUGUAUAUGGUGGGGAAGGCAAACUCAGUGUUUGAAGACCUCUCAGUAACGUUGGGACAGCUCCACAAUCGCCUGUUACACAAUAACUCCAUCCUCAGUUCUCUUCCCCUCAAUUCUCUGAGUAGGAACAAUGAAGUUGACCUACUCUUUCUUUCUGAACUGCAAAUGUUGCAUGACAUUUCAAGUCUGUUGUCUCAGCAGCAGCAUCUAGCCAAGGAUCCUUCUCCGGAUUUGUAUUCCCUGGAACUGGCAGGUUUGGCUGAAGUUGGGAAACAUUAUGGGGAAGACUCUGAGCAAUUCCAAGACGCUUCCAGGAUCCUUGUGGACACACUGCAGAAGUUUGCAGAUGAUAUGUAUAAUCUUUAUGGUGGGAAUGCUGUGGUAGAGUUAGUGACGGUCAAAUCAUUUGACACAGCCCUUGUGAGGAAGACAAGAGCAAUCCUGGAGACAAGACAAGAGAACCCAGCAACUCCCUACAACCUUGCAUAUAAAUAUAAUUUUGAAUAUCCAGUGGUUUUCAACAUGAUACUUUGGAUCAUGAUCGCCUUGGCCUUGGCUGUGAUUGUCACCUCUUACAAUAUGUGGAACAUGGAUCCUGGAUAUGAUAGCAUCAUUUAUAGGAUGACAAACCAGAAGAUUCGAGUGGAUUGAACUUGGCUUAUUUGAAACUUUAAAAGGUUUAGAAAUUGGUUGUUUUAUUAAAAUACACCUUUUAGUGUGGUUUAAAGUGGAUAGUGUACUUUAAAUUUAUAUAUAAAAAAGCAAAUUUUGUUUUGUGUGUGCCUGUGGGUUUUCUUAGAAUAAUAGUAUUGGUAUGAAUUUAAUUGUGUAAUAUAGAUUCCAUAAUAUGCUCAAAUACUGUGACAUAGCCACCUAAAAUAGCUUUCUCCUUUAAUAAAGUCUGAAAUACACAUUGAA